UGAUUUUUUUAAAAAAAGGAUUAGAGAAAGUAUAUUAUUUAGAUGAGACUGGGCCUCAAGUUAGCCUUCUUCUUGCAAUCUUGUCUCAUUUAAACAGUUUCUGGGAAUUUUGAAGAGGAAAACAACUCAGAGGAGGAUGGAGCUGACAUGGACAGGUGUUCUGCUUCUUCUCUGUAUACUUUUCAUCCUUUACUCAUCUUUCCAAAUGUACCAGAAAAAAGGGCAGCUGCCCCCUGGACCUACUCCAUGGCCUAUUUUGGGGAACCUCUUGCAGCGAGAUGUGCUACCUUUGUAUUUACAUUAUGAAAAGCUUGUUGUGAAAUAUGGACCUCUCUUUACUGUCUGGAAUGGAUCACGACCAUUUGUUGCUCUUUGUGGUUACAAGGUGGUAAAAGAAGCUUUGGUAGAUCAUUCAGAAGAAUUUGGUGGGCGAACUCAAAGGCCUUCACAUAAUCGAAUGUUCCAAAAUAAAGGUCUGACCACUACUGGUGAGAAGAAAUGGAGGGAGCUGCGACGGUUCACACUGUCCACCUUGCGAGAUUUUGGGAUGGGGAAGAAAAGAAUGUCUGAGAGGGUGCAGGAAGAAGCUCUUUGUCUGGUGGAGGAAAUAGCUACCACAAAAG